GCUACCAAAACGAUCGAACGAGAGGCCUGAGUAAGUAAAUCGUCGCUCCAAAAAUCUCCAGACUAGGAUUUUCCCUGCGUCCGGAGCCUCAGAGGUAAAAUUAUGAACACGAAUCUAAACUAACCCUUGGCCGCCGUCCUUCCCCCUUCCUUUUAUGGGAAACCCUAGAAAAACACAAACCGAGGGAAACAACCCCCCCUCAAUCCAUAUCCGUGUUCUACCCCAGGUAGCUGGAUACGUACCUCGGUUCGAAAGGCGGCAGCCGAGACUUUGGCCGUCGAGUUGAUCGAGGUUCAGGGAGCAUACGACGAUGGGCUCAUUCGUGGAGUUUCCUCAUCUAGGUGGCGUCUGCAGCUUUAUCCAUGGCAAACCGUGCAUGAAGAUUUAAAUCGCAGAUCUUGCUUUAAAGAAGUUGUUGAAGGCCAAUGAGAAAAUGACCAUUCUGCUACUUCCCAAUUGUUUUUAUACAGUGUGCUAGGCAAGGGUUCGCCUAUCAGUUGUUGUUGCGAAAAUUCCCUCCAUCAAAGUGGUACUGUCGAUGAAACUAAUCAUCAAUUUGUUAGAAGUUUCAGGAUCAAUUAAAGGUCAGGAAGCUAAAGAUUGUCUUUUGGGUCGCCUCUGUGCUUAUGGUGCUCUUGCUAGAUCAGGAUGGUUGGCUGCUGAAUUUUUUGAAGACAGUGGUACACCUUCUGUCAAAGAUUUUGUUAGCAACAUCAUAUCUCUUGCAGGCAAAAAAUGCUACUUGCGGGAACCAGUUAUGUCUAUCAUUGUGGAUAUGGUUGAGAAGCUGCCCUUGGAAGCUGUUGCAAACCAUGUUCUUGAAGUUCCUGGCAUAAGGGAGUGUUUCAAUAAAGACGUCAACAAUGGAGAUCCAGAUGCUUUAUUUGUGGCAUUGAAGUUGCGUAAGAGAGUUCCUUUGGAGACUGAAAUGUUUGGCAAUCUCUUGCCAUGCCCAUUCAUUCCUGACAUCUUCUUUACUCGAGAUCAUCUGUCAACACUUGUCCCUUGCUUCAAGGAAAGGAAUGUUGGUUACGGUCUCGAAGCGAAUAAGUUGCAUGCUUUGCGUUUGGUGCUUGUCCAGUUAGCACUCCAAGUUCUCCUCUGUCCCGAAGAGUUCUAUGAGGCUGCAUCUGAACUUGUGAUAUGUUGUGAUAAGGCUUUUCUCGCUACUGCUGCUGCUCAAGGUGGUUCUUCUGGAGAAGGAAAUGAACUUGAUGAUAAUGAAAUGCCAGAUUUAACGGAUGUUCUUCUAGAAAAUUUUCUUUCACUGUUGCCUCGUUCAUCUGGUUCCUUGUGCUUUGCUAUUGAACAGGCCUUCAGAUUGUUCUGUGAUGAUUUAACAAUUGACGGCGUCCUUCGGAUGUUGCAUGUUGUGACGAAAGAUCUGAAACCAAUGCGCUAUCACACUCGUGGCAGUGAUGAUGAUGAAAAUGAGGAUGAUGAUUUUCUUGGGAUUGAAGAUAUGGAUGAAACAAGUGGAGCUGAAGGUGUCAAGGCACACAAUGGGGAUGACCAUGCUGAUGACUUAGAGAAAAUGCAUGGAGAGGCAACUGAUGGAGAAACCAAAAAUGAAGAAGUUGAUUCUGGGGGAAUGGUUGCCUUGGAGCUGAUGCAAGUAAUGACGCUGAAGUGGAUCAAAAUAUAAGUGGACAUUCAACACCUGAUGAUUCUGAGGGUGAUAUGGAUGACAAUGCGAUGCUUAUGAAAGAUUCUGCUAUUGUGGAUAUCUUAAAGGAGCAAUUAUCUUCGUGGAAAGAUGGCUCUCUCUCUCAGCUGUUGACUUUCAAAAGUCGUGUGCUCUCACUGUUAGAAAUAUAUCUGCAGAAACAUCCAGGCAAAUCUCAGGUCUUGAUGAUCUACCUUACUUGGUUCGAGCUUUUAUCAAGUAUCACUCUGCCCAGAAAAACCAGCUACAGCAACUGGGACUGCGUAUGAGAGGGAUUUUGCAGAAGAAAAUAUUCAAGGCAAAAGACUACCCUAGAGGUGAAGAUAUACCCCCUUGCAAGCCUCGAACCUCUGCUUGAGAAGAGCCUCAAGUCAGCAUCAAGAUAUCCAGACAAAGAGGUCUCUUCUCUAGCCCAGGCCUCCACAUUUUGGCUACUAAAAGUCAAUUCAGUCAAGAAACUUUGAGAGAUCCGAGUUCGAGAGAGUGGUGCCAUUGUUCCAUAAUUCAUUUGUUGACUACUUUGAGGGUAAGAAAUGUCGGCUAAAGACGGGGUUCGUAAAAGAGGCCAUUAGGAGGCAUCCAUGGAUUGGUUGUGAGUUAUUUGGUUUCCUUCUGGAAAAGUGUAGGGUUACAAAAUCUGAGUUCCGGAGAGUUGAAGCACUAGAUGUGGUAGAUUGUGUUAUGAAGUCAUGGAUUCCCACCGUCAAGGAAGAAGAUGCGUCAACUAAAUCAUCAUCUAAAUUAUUGAAAAAAACACCUGCCAGCAUUGUGGGAUUUGAUCCGAUUACUCCUCGGCCAGUUGCCACAGAAACAACCAAGGCAUGCAGAGGUUCGCCGCUUUUGCACCUGGGCAUUGCAUGCUGUCUCUACACUUAAAAUUUAAGAAGGCUUUUCUUAAGGCGAUGAAGCCAGAAGCACUCUCUCUUUGCGCCUCUCCUCUUGGAAAUGUGUUUCUUCCAUUUAAGAAGCCUUCUCAAUGUAUCAUGGGUCAGGCUCUUCGAGCCAAAGGUGAAUUGAGAAGCAGCAGUUUUUUCGUACGAUGAAGGUGAAAGUUCAAACCAAAGGGAGUGGUUUCUCUUUGCAAUCAGUUGGAGUUUUUAACCGGAGACAGUUUUAACCGCACCAGUUCAAUGGUUAAAAGUCUGGAACGGGAGGUGCUGUGGAUUUGUAGAAGAAUGCGGAAUCCAAGUAUUCGAGUCAUUUAGCAAGGUUUUAACAAGAGCAGGUCGUAUAUAUAUGUUGUGAAAUUUUGAUCGCUAUAUAUUUGAUUCAAAGACGGUGAAUUAACUUGUUUUUACUUGAUCUCA